AAAGAAAAGAAAAGCCGUCAAGCACCUCUGAUCUGAAUUCUGAAGGCUCGUCCAAAAACCCUAGCAAGCAUCCGCCAUGUCGUCAAAGAGAAAGGUCAGGGAGCCAAAGGAGGAAAAUGUGACUCUUGGUCCUGCCGUCAGAGACGGUGAACAUGUUUUUGGUGUGGCUCGCAUAUUUGCAUCAUUUAAUGACACCUUCAUCCAUGUGACUGAUUUGUCUGGAAGAGAAACACUUGUUCGCAUUACUGGUGGAAUGAAGGUUAAAGCUGACAGAGAUGAGUCAUCUCCAUAUGCUGCUAUGCUUGCUGCACAAGAUGUAGCUGCCAGGUGCAAGGAGUUGGGCAUAACUGCUCUUCAUAUUAAGCUUCGUGCAACUGGGGGUAACAAGACAAAAACACCUGGUCCUGGUGCUCAGUCUGCUCUACGAGCUUUGGCUCGGUCAGGAAUGAAAAUUGGUCGCAUAGAGGACGUGACACCAAUUCCUUCAGAUAGCACCCGUAGAAAGAGUGGUAGGAGGGGUAGAAGGCUUUGAGGUUGCUAUGGUGGUGGAUGGAGCUGUCUUUUUUGUCACCGUGUCUUGUUUCUCUUGCCAGACUGCCUUGUGGCAUUUUGAAUUUUAGCCUAAUCUGUUCUUUUUAACUUUAUUGUACUUGACUCAAUGUGUCCGCCAACUAUUUUAUGCGAGUUGAUUUAGAUAUUAUAGUCACAUUGAAAGUUCUUGUUACUUUGUGAUUUUCAUAUCUUACAUAUUUGGUAAAUCAUUUCUCGUCGAUCUUGGUUCGAUGAACUUUUGGUCUGU